AUCACUAUCAUUUAAAAAAGUUUCAGUUUAAAAGCCAUACUUUAAAAAGCUUUCAGGCUUGUUAGGAAACCCCACCACCCCACCACCUUGUUCUGUAGAAAAGCUGGCUGCUUGCGCGGUCCCUUCUCAACCUUCUGUCUUCCUCUGUUUUUGGUAACACGUAGCUCUAUUCAGUUAUGAAUCCCCUCACUGACAUAUCCUUGGAGAUACGGUUACCUUUCUACUGCAUCUCCUGACUUGUCCCUGGGACCUAACUCUCUCGAAGUCACGCUGCCUUCUUGUAGCUGAUACAGUGGGAUCUGUUUUUUAAGAUUUUUGAGACCCUAUUUUUAAACCAUCUUUGUUUUUUUCUUUUUUUAUGUUUUUCCUAAUUUCAUGGACAUACUGUCAUCUCACAGUGCUCUGAAGAUUUAAUUAGUGGUGUCUGUGGCCACGUUAAGGCCAUUAGACCCUCAGCAACUAUUCCUAGUGCUGCCAUUUUCCCUGAAAUCAGGUAUUUGGUUAUAUAUUUGAUAGGUUCUUCAGUAACCAGAUAAUCCCCUUACCUAACAGGUAUGCAAGACCCCCCCUCCCAGCACUGUCCGAAUCUGCCCACAGUAUCCUCCUCAUCCUGGGAGGGGUCCAGUCUCUGCUGGAUAUGAGGGGACAGGCCAGGCUUCUCUGUCUGUUGCCUACCAAGGUGAAAGCUGCUCAGGACAAGCAGUUCCAGAAAUCUAAGCUCACAGCUCUGGACUUUCUGUAUCCAGUUGUUACAGUAGUAAGCUUUGCUCAGGCCAAGUAUCCUCUUGUUACCUGAAUACUUUCAUUUUUCAGUGUUUACCUUGCCUCAGAAUCUGUCUCAGAAAAAUAAUUCCUAUGAUUCUGUAUGCAAGUGUCUAUCAACUGUUGUUCAAUUUCCCAAGCACUCACCAUCCCGGAACAAACUGUACUUGCUGGCUGCCUGUUACCAUUUCUAACAGAACAGAGCCCUGCAUCCUAGGAGCUGAGGCCAGUUCCCCAUCUGCCACCUCCCUUCCCUCCUACACUCACUGGGGAAGAUGGUGCCUUGCUAAAAUCAUUGUGCGGGAUGUUUCAGGACUUGGUGGCUUUUGAGGAUGUGGCUGUGAACUUCACCCUGGAGGAGUGGGCCCUGCUGGACAGUGCUCAGAGGCAGCUGUACAGAGAGGUGAUGCUGGAGACUUGUGGGAACCUGGCCUCCGUGGGCAGCACUGGAGAGUUACACUCAAGUAAAAACCAGUGGACCAAGUCCUCAGUUUGCCUCUCAUCUUUCCAAGAGCAUGUGAAAAAGCACAGUGGACAGAAACCUUACGAAUGUAAGGACUGUGGUAAAGCUUUCAGAUUCCACUCUCAUCUUCGAGACCAUGAAAGAACACACAGUAGAGAUAAGCCCUAUGAAUGUAAACAGUGUGGCAAAGCCUUCAAGUAUGGCACAUCCCUGCGAGGGCACAUGAGGCUGCAUACAGGAGAGAAACGCUAUGUGUGUAAGCAGUGUGGGAAAGCCUACAGCUUUUCCUCAUCCCUUCGAAGACACAUGGCAACACACACUGGGGAGAAACCUUUUGAGUGUCCACACUGUGGGAAAGCUUUCAGUGCUCCCUCCUCUCUUCAAGGACACAUGAGGACACACAGUGGGGAGAAGCCUUUUGAGUGUCAGCAAUGUGGGAAAGCCUUCACAUGGCCCUCAUCCUUGCAAAAACAUGUGAGAAUGCACAGUGAGGAAAAGCCCUAUGAAUGUCAGCAGUGUGGCAAAGCCUUUAGGUACCCUAUAUCCCUGCAGGUACAUGUUCGAACACAUACUGGGGAGAGACCCUAUGAAUGUAAGCAGUGUGGGAAAACUUUCAACUGUGACUCUUCACUCCGAGUACAUGCAAGGACACACACAGGGGUGAGGCCCUAUGAGUGUCAGGACUGUGGGAAAGCCUUCAGAUAUCCAGCAAACCUGCGAAAACAUAUGAGGAUGCACAGCUGGAAAAAACCAUAUCAAUGUAAAGAAUGUGGAAGGAUUUUCAUUUGUCAUUCAUACUUCAGGGCACAUGUAAGAGCUCACACUGAAGAGAAGCCCUAUGCAUGUAAGGAAUGUGGAAAAGCCUUUAUAUACUCCAAACUUCAAGAACUCACAGCAGAGAGAAACCCAAUGAAUGUCAGAAAUGUGGUAAAGCCUUUGGCAGACUCUCAUCCUUACAAAGACAUCCUCCUGGCCCCGGCAGGUGAGAGCCACCGGGAUGGACACCUAGUGCCGCGCAGCGCGGGGAACGUGAGCGCCGAACCCCGCCCGCGCGCGACCAACACCACUGCCGCCACCGCCCAUUCCCGGACCUGA